GUAAACAUAUGACAAAUGUGCGAGGGUGAUGACGUCAGGGCAUCGUCCUCUGGGCCGGAGUUCAUCGGUGAGAAACAGCAGCUGAUCAGUGAUGUGUUCAACAUAAAUAAGACAGGAAGGCAGAGUGGACACACUGCGGGAAGAUCUCCUUCAGAUCACUGCAGCAGAAACAUGACCAUGAAGCUGGUCUCAGUCGGCCUCGUCCUCCUGGCUCUGCUGUUUGACAGAGGCAUGUCUCAGGGCUCUAAGAUCCUCCCAAUGGAAUGCAGCGACAUCAUCAACAGACCCAGUGGAGUUUACCCCAUCUACCCCAUCGAUCCCGUCUCUGCUUACCUGGUGUACUGUGACAUGGACUCACUGGGCGGACGGUGGACGGUGUUCCAGAGGAGGAUGGACGGCUCGGUGAACUUCUACCGGCCCUGGUAUGACUACAAGACGGGCUUUGGUAACGCCUUCGGAGAAUACUGGCUCGGUCUUGAGACUCUCUCCCUCCUGACUCUGAGGAAGAAUUACGAGCUGCAGGUGGACAUGGAGGACUUUCAAGGCGGCAAAGUGUUCGCUCGGUACUCCUCGUUCACCGUGCAGCCCGAGUCCUCCGGGUUCACUUUGUUUGUUUCUGGAUUCACUGAUGGAGGGGCAGGAGACUCCCUGAGUGAUCAUAACGGACAGAAGUUCUCCACCUUCGACAAAGACCAGGACUCUUCGACUGUUAACUGUGCCACAUCAUACGUGGGGGGGUUCUGGUACAACCGUUGUUACGACACAAAUCUCAACGGGGUUUAUCGUCAGCAGGGUAAUACAGAUAACGGAGUGAUCUGGUCCUCUUGGAAGGGUUACAACUACUCCCUGAAAUCCAUCAGCAUGAAGAUCCGUCCUGUGCAGUAGUUCUGCAGGACAGCAACAUGUCCUCAGCUGAUAUCAAUCACAUGUAAUCACUCAUCACUUUAAGAUGGAAACAGAUCCACACAGUGUGAUAAUGUCUACGUUUUAAAUUCAAACUGAAUCACUAUUUGCUUCACGCUGACAAUAAAUGAAAACAAUUAAGCUGA